AUGGUCUUGCGCAAACAGCCUCCUCCUCGUCUCAACUCUGUCAAAGAGCCUAAUCGUCGUCUUUCUAUCUCUCUUACUGCCAAAUCCGCUUCUCCUGUCUCUCCGACGAAGCGGUUGACACGUCCAAGACGAGCGCAAAGCUCUCCUUAUCCUCGUCUUCCAUCGCAGGAUUCGAUUUACUCGCCGGAUCUUAAUACGUCGCCUGCUUUUGACCUGAUGACGCUCGAACAAGCUCAGCGGUCGCCGGUAGGGACUGCGCACAGUGAAGCGCAGAAUCCGUGGGCCGAUGAGUUGGUAGAGAAACCGGAUCAGCCGUAUCAAGAGUACACUCCAUCGGGAUCUACGCAAGCAAGCCACAACGGAAUCCAGGAAGAGCCGGUUAAUAAGAACAAAGGCGAUCGUGUACCAUCUAUACUUGUAGCUGGUACUCAACGCAGAAUGGCGACAAACGAAUGGCAGCCAGAGGAAGAGGCCGAUGAAUGGGAGCAUGUCCGACAGACACCAACCCAACUGCGAUCUAAUAACCCGUUUUUGAAAACGAAACAAUCUGAAAGCAAUCCGUGGCAAGCUGAGACAUAUCAGACUCAACAAGUUGAGGAUACUCGUGCUUCACAGGCGACUUCUCUGCAUAGUGAUGCCUUGAGCCAAGGUGAGGGAAUUAUCCCAAUGACUGCCCGCUUGUCUCUUCUGGACCAGCAGCCCUCAGAUUCAGCGUGGGCAGAAGAGCAUCCCGUUACUGCUUCGCAGCCCCAGCACCCGCAAAAUGGCCAUUAUGCCCAGGAGUCACAAGCGCAAGUUCCGCAGACAUCAUACGCUAGCCAAGUUCCUAACUAUAUGGCUGAUGACCAAUUCUAUGAUACUCACGGGACUCCGGGAAAUGCUGCGGAACUCCAAUACCAACCUCAAUACGCUUCUGCCGAUGAAUAUCAGCCAUACCCCACCCAAACAUCCCAGGAUUAUGACAGAUUGAUUACGCAGUAUCAACCAAACACCCCAUCUGGCCCAAUUUCCUCCGCGACAACGCAGUCCUCCAAUGUGCUCAUUGAUGCUGAUCCUAGCAAGCCAGAGGCACCGCCUCGGUCAACUUCGUCUGUCUAUGAGUCUGAUGUGUCUGAGGCUCGUGGAACGCGAACUGGAUUAUCAGAAACUGCACCUCCUCUUCCCCAGCGUCCAGACCGCUCAGAGGGCACCGAGCAGCACACCACAACAAGGGCCGGUGACACAAACAGACAAGCAGAACAGAAGGCAGAAACCUAUGCUAUCAGACACGUUAACUGGACUGAUAUCUCCGGAAAAUUGCGCAAUUCCCCGAUUCUGUCUCAGAACGAAAAUGGACCAUGUCCCUUACUGGCACUUGUUAAUGCGCUUGUGAUUAGCUCGGCCGAAGAUGCCCAAACACCCGUCGUCAAGGCUCUGCAGACAAGAGAACAGAUAUCUCUUGGGUUGUUGAUCCAAGCAUUGUUUGAAGAAUUGAUUAUGUACCUAGGCCCUGAUGAUGAGUUCCCGGAUAUUGAGGCUCUUAGUCGGUUUUUGACAAUGUUGCAUACGGGCAUGAAUGUCAAUCCACGCCUCACAUUAGAACCGGAAGACGAUGCUGGUCGCUUCUACGAAACAAGUGACAUUCAGUUCUAUAAUACAUUCGGCCUUCCCUUGAUACACGGCUGGGUGGCCAACCCCGGUACAGAAGCCCACGCAGCGUUUUUGCGAGCAGCUCAGUACUACGAAGACAUACAACUGCUACCAUUCCGGAAAGAAGAUUUGGAAGACCAGGUUUUCCGAGGCGGCUCACUUACUCCCAAUGAUGAACAAUCCAUGCACGACAUUCAAACGAUCCAGCAAUUCGUUGAAGUCGAUCACGCAACGCAAUUGAGCGAUUUCGGGCUUGAGCACCUCAAAGCCAGGUUGACCCCUGGAUCCGUAUCGAUUCUCUUCCGCAAUGACCAUUUCACCACACUAUACAAACACCCGCAAACACAUGAGCUGUUUACGCUAGUAACUGAUGCUGGUUAUGCAAACCAUGCUGAGAUUGUGUGGGAGAAUCUCGUGGAUGUUAAUGGCUCUCGCGCUGAAUUUUUCUCUGGCGACUUCCGUCCUGUUGGCCAUGGCCCAUCAGGAGCUCCUGCGACAUCUGCCCCGGCGCUUCCGAGCCGUGACACAGGCCAUUCCACUGGAUCGAAGGAUGAGCCAUCGCAAGAACAGGCUGAUGCGGAUUACGCCUACGCACUGGCCCUGCAAUUUCAAGAGGAAGAACAGCAACGUCAGAACUCUGCAGGUCACAAUCGAAACCCCUCUGCGCCCAAUCAACCUAUACGAGGACAUGGACCUGAAGCCACCCAUCACCGUACUCCAAGCGCUGUAAAUCGAGGGACCGGUCGACACCAACCUACAGAACAGCGUUCUGCACGGUCGAGCCAACAACCUGGACGAUCGUCCCACUCUCACGAGGAUGAUGAUUUGCCAUCGUAUGCACAAGCAGCUCGCAGCCCUGUUUAUUCCCCGCAGCAAAGCACGCCGUCUUUUAACCCGUCUAACCCGUCUAACCGCUCCAAUCAAUCUAUGGAUAGUCGCUUCUCGAGAAACCAUCAUGGAAAUGGACGGCGCCCUCCUGCGACGUCGUCUGGUCUCCCCGAGCGGUCUAAGGAUAAGAACAAGGACUGCAUCGUUAUGUGA